AUGCUCUCAACUAACUCUACACAUUCAGCGGCGCGCAUGAAUAUCACUAGAUCACGCACGGGUUGCGCUGUGUGUUAUCAAAAGCCUCUGCGCUGGAAAGGCGGAUCAAAGUCUCCGCCAAAGGAUCCUCCUGAGACGCCUGCCGAUGCUACUGUUGAUGAUACCGCCGCCUUACCCCCUCAGCAACCUCUACCAAGUCCAAUAUAUGCGUCUUAUCAACCUCCACCAUUACAACGCCAACAACAACCCCCGCACCCGCCUCCGCCUCAACCCCAAACACAACCACAAUCUCAACACUCGGGACAAUUUGUCAAUAGUUAUUAUGAUCAAGGACUUUUAGAUCAUCUCUCUAAUGUCAUCGACGCGGGAUGUAUCGAGUCUCGAGGGCAGGAACCCUUGGAUGGUUCAAUGCCUUUGAUGCAAUUCACCGAUGAUAUGUUACAUCUAUAUCCGGACCAAUCACUCGGACAAACGCCAGAUAAUGUUUCCCCAGAGCAAACUGACGACAGGCUCUGGUCAACUACCACAAUGGAACCGCCACAGGUAUACUCACAGGCCUUGACAAGAGUAGAACCCUCAAACCAGGCUUCUGAGCAAGUUAUCGAAAUGCCAUUAGCUCAAGCUCUCCAGGACCAUUCCUCUGUACUUGUCGAAUACUACUUUAAGGAAGUAUGCGGAAUGAUGUCCUGUUACGACAGCCCGAUGAACCCUUAUCGAACCACCAUCUCAAACAUGUGGUCCGGAUCACAGUCUCUCUACUAUAUUACGCAGAGUAUGGCUGCCGCAUGUCUAUCAGAAGUUUCGCCUACCUUUGCGUCGGUUGGCCAUCGACUAAGAGACCAAGCCAUGAUAUGCUUGUCCAGGGAAGCCAAGAUUGCCGAAUUAGAAACGUCGUCUCUGUUGGCCUUAGUCAUGUUGGGAAUGAGUCUUUCAUGGCAUGAUCCGGAUAGUCUCGGCCAGCCUCAAUUCGAUGUCCUUGCUCGAAAGGUUAUAUCUGCCGAAGCGCGCGGAGAUCCGCUUGCGUUGGCCGACAAGAAGAAGGAGUUUUUCUUCUACAACUCGCUGGUGUAUUGGAAAAUGCUGCUUUCUUUUGUGACAGAUUUGGACCCAAACACAAGGAUUGCUGCACCGCAGCCAGUUCCACCGGACUCUCUCGAUAUGCACGAACCUCGCAUGCCUCAUCCUCAGACAGGUAUCGGUAUUGAAGUGCAGGAGUUAGUUGCCAGUGUGGGUAGCCUUGUACGGAAAGAACGAAAGCGAUUACGCACCCGACGUUUUGUUUCCAAGGACGAUAUUCAACAGGCUCAGGACGCAAUUUUAGCUUCGGAACAGCUGCAUGCGGAGCUUUGUGCAAUUGAGCUACCCCAAGAGGGCGAUAUUGUCGAUGCUGGCGACGACUUGACCCCAGCCAUUCACCUAGUCAAUAUUGCCGAAGCUUAUCGAUGCACGGGGCUACUUCAGUUAUACCGAAACUUCCCGGAUCUUUUGUUACCAUAUGCACAAUCAGCGCACUUUAUGACGGGCUCACCUGAUUCAUCAGGUUCUUAUCCAGAUGAGAGGGCUUUUGCAGAUACGUGGUUGACCUGCUUAGCUCUCCAUGUGCUAGACUUGGUCAAAGAUAUUCCUACGACAUCUCGAAGCAGGUCUAUCCAGCCGUUGCUGUUUGUGAGUAUCUGUAGUGAGCUCUCGAUGUGUCGCUCGUACUGCUCAAUUUCAAAUCUGCAAAGAUCUCCCGUGGCGAGCGUAGCAGCCAGUCCACGGUUUAGGGCGCCAUUGAAUGGAUUGGAAGUCCUUCAAGCAAGAAAGAUAGUUCUUGCCCGUCUUUCCGCUUUUGAAAAUAUCUUGGCUGCUAAGCCGAUUCGGCGAAUGCUGAUGUUGGUCAAAAAGACGUGGGCUUGCAUGGACGAGGAUAAGAAGGAUACGUACUGGAUGGAUGUUAUGAUGGAUAACGGAUAUGAAACGUUGAUGGGCUGA